AUGGUUUUAAGCUUGAAACGGUUCGUGCAUCGAGAACGCGGGUUUAAUAUUGUGUACGGUAAACCGCCACAUACUGCAGUCUGGCUAUACGAACUGGAAACUGAAGCAACUGAAAAUACAUUGAAACUCGCUGACCUGUGCCGUACAUCAUGUCGUUACAGCGAGAUAACGUUCGAUUUAUGCGGACAAGAGACGCGAGUGAUACCUCGUCUUCUUCAGCUACGGUACCACUGGUUGAAGUCGGAAAAGGAAUCGCUUCGUUUGGAGCAGGCCGGCAUUACGAAGGAGGUGCUGGAUUCUGCAAUCGCCGCGUUCACCUUGGAGAUAAUCGCGAGGCACGGCGAGCCGGCGCCGAGGUUGUGUAAUAAGGACCCGCUUACAAUUAAGAUGGGCACUUACGUGGUCGAACUUUUUCCGAACGCCAAAUUUGUGUUCAUGGUUCGCGAUGGACGCGCCACAGUCCAUUCGAUAAUAUCACGGCAGGUGACAAUUACCGGGUUCGAUCUGAGCAGUUAUAGACAGUGUUUAAGAAAGUGGAAUACGGCCGUGGAGGCCAUGAACGAACAGUGUAAAAAAAUCGGACCAAGUAGAUGUUUAAGGGUUCCCUACGAACAGUUAGUUUUGCAUCCGAGAAGUUGGAUGGAAAGAGUACUUAAAUUUCUCGAACUGCCUUGGAACGAAACGGUUCUGCAUCAUCAGGACUAUAUCAACAAUGGAAUUAGUUUAAGCAAGUAUGUCAUUUGAAUUAUCUAGACUCUACUAA